UUGACCCAUUAUUCAUUCCUUAAAAUUCAAAAUGGACAAGCAAUAAAUAUGUCUGUCUUCCACCUAUUUUGAUUUAACUCUUAUAGAAAUAGCUCAAACUCAUGAUUUGUACAAACACGUGGUUGGAAAAACGCAUUUGAACUUAUCUCUUGAGAUCAAGGGAGAUAUGUAGCUACAAUAACAGUACCUAAUAUGAAGUACUUGUCUAUAAAUAACGUGUAAGCAAAUCUCAAGCUCCAUAAUUUUCCCUUCAUUUUUUCUUUAUAGAGAGCCAACAAAACAUGAAGAAUCUUCAUAUCCUAAUUUCAAUCAUUUUUCCUACCUUGUUUCUCCUCUCAUUCUCUAUAUCUCUUGUGUUAUCUUUUUCCCCUCCUGAUCUCCAAAACCAAUGCCUUCAUCACCAGAAAUCUGCUCUGCUAAAAUUGCACCAUGAUCUUUACUAUGCCCCAAAUUUUACUUUCUCUUCCAAAGUUGAGCUUUGGGAUCCCAACAUUGACUGUUGCUCUUGGAAAGGAAUUACAUGUGAUGCUUUGGGUCAUGUGAUUGAACUUGAUCUCAGUUACAAAAACCUUUCAGGCAGCUUUCACUCCAUUUUCAAUCUCCAUCAUCUUCAACGCCUUAAUCCUGCUGCAAACAAUUUUAACACCACUCUGUUUCAAUAUGAGUUUGAUAGACUCCCAAAUUUAACUCAUCUCAAUCUUUCAAACUCAUGUUUCCAUGGCCAAAUUCCAGUGGGGAUUUCAUACUUAACAAGGUUAGUCUCUCUUGAUCUAUCUCAUCAAGAUUCUUGCUAUCUGCACAAUUACAAAAUUCUUGAUCCAAAUUUCUGGUACUAUGAUUUUCCUUUCAACCUUCAACCUUUAAAACUAGAAAACCCAAACUUCAAAUCAUUAAUCCAAAAUUUGAGACCUCUUACAGAGCUCUACUUGGAUGGUGUGAACAUUUCAACUCAAAGUAGUAAAUGGUGUGAGAUCACAUCCACAAUACUUCCUAACUUGCAUGUGUUAAGUCUGUCGAGUUGUGGGUUGACAGGUCCAUUUUGUUCUUCACUCUCAAGACUUCCUUUUCUUUCCAAACUUGUCCUUGAUUGGAACACGAUCUCUUAUUUACCUCCCAAUUUGUUGGAAAUUUCCUCUCGUUUGGUUUCUCUCAGUUUAAUGAAUUGCAAUUUAGGUGGGCAUUUUCCAACAGAAAUUCUCAAGUUGCCAAAAAUAGAAAGCAUUGACAUUUCAAAUAAUUACGGUCUUGGAGGUCAGUUGCCAGAAUUUCCAUCAAACAAUGCUUUACGGAUCUUAACGAUUUCUCAAACAAAUUUCAGUGGCAAACUACCAGAAUCAAUUGGCAAUCUCAAAUUCUUGACAAAUUUAGAUCUCUAUGGUUGCAAUUUCUUUGGACAAAUUCCAUCAUCAAUUGCAAAUCUUACUAAUCUUGUGGAACUGGAUCUGUCCAGUAACAAUUUCAGUGGUUUUAUCCCCGCAUUUCAUAGAUCCGGAGUUCCAAAUCUUGCACAUCUUUAUUUGUCGGGGAACCACCUCUCUGGAUCAAUGCAUUCUUCUUUAUUUACUCUCCCAUCAUUGCAGGACUUGAUUGUUUGGGGAAAUCAAUUGGUCGGUGAAAUUGAUGAGUUUGUCAACGCAUCUUCUUCCUUGAUUGAAAUAUUGUCUUUAGGCGACAAUAGCUUUAGUUCUGUGAAGCUUGACAUGUUCUCCCAACUCAAGAACUUAAGGGUUCUUUACCUUUCCAAUACGAGCUUAUCAAUUGAAAGCGACAUCACAAGCCUCGCUUUUCCCCAAUUAGAGGAGCUAUGCCUAAGUUCAUGCAACUUUACUGAAUUUCCAGAAUUCAUCAAAACACAAGACAAGUUGGCUUUUCUAGAUCUCUCUAACAACCAAAUCCAUGGUUUUGUGCCUAAUUGGUUGUGGAAGACCACUCUUUCAUGGUUAAACAUUUCUUUUAAUGCGAUUGACUUUCCAAAAGAGAUUCCUUUUGGUGACGCAAAUUCCUCUUUUCCAAUGUUGAGUAGUUUAGAAUAUCUUGACCUUUCAAAUAACAAAAUAAGUGGUGCAGUACCAAACUGGGUGUGGAAGAAAAGUUUGAGAUAUCUGGAUCUUUCUAACAAUUCUCUCACAUCUUUGGACCAAUUUUCGCUCAACCAAUCUCUAACUUCUUCACAAGGCUCUUUGUCAAGACCUAUUUGCAAUUUGAGUCGACUUGAGACCUUUAAUGCAUCCUUUAACAAAUUAAGCCGGCCAAUCCCAAGUUGCUUGGGCAAUAUCAGUUCUCUCGGCUCUUUGGAUCUACAAAAAAAUAAUUUCAGCGGCAGCAUACCAGAUUUUGCAAAAGCAACCCAAUUAUAUUGGCUACGACUCAAUGACAAUAAAUUGGAAGGGAAGUUGCCAAGGUCAUUAGCCAAUUGCACAAUCCUCCAAGUUUUAAACCUUGAAAACAAUACUCUGUACGACACAUUCCCUUUGUGGUUGGGAAAAUUGCCUGCUUUGAAGGUCCUUCUAUUGCAAGCAAAUAGGUUUUAUGGUCCAAUUAAACAUGUGAAAAAUUAUUUUCAAGAUUUGGAUGUACUAGACAUUGCUUUCAAUAAUUUUUCUGGUCAAUUACCAACUGCAUUCUUUCAAGCCCCUCGACUAAGGUCACUCAAAAUUGGUGGGAAUAAACUGGAAGGAAAGUUGCCGAGGUCAUUAGCCAAUUGCACAAAGCUUGAAGUUUUGGACGUUGGAAAAAAUAUGAUACAAGACACAUUUCCGUUUUGGUUGGUAAAAUUGCCAUCUUUGAAGGUUCUUGUACUAAGAGCAAAUAGAUUUUAUGGUCCAAUUAAAAUUUCUGAGGAUGAAAAUGUUUUCCUAGAGUUACACAUACUGGAUCUUGCUUCCAAUAACUUUUCAGGUGAGUUACCUGUUGAAUUUUUUCAAUCUUUGAAGGCAAUGAGGAUGAUGAUUGUUGGCAACCAAGCUAAGCCAGAUUAUAUUGGAGAUAAUUACUACCAGGACUCUGUGACAAUUGUGAAUAAAGGGUUUGAACUUUUUUACGAGAAAAUCUUAACCAUCUUUGCUUGUCUUGACCUUUCCAAUAAUAGUUUCCAUGGGAGAAUACCGGAAGAAAUACAAAAGCUCAAGUCACUCAAAGUGCUAAACUUGUCCCACAACAGCUUCCUCGGCCCAAUUCCUUUAGCACUUGGAAACUUAACUGAGCUUGAGUCGUUGGACCUCUCCCAGAACAAACUCUCCGGAAAGAUUCCUCUUCAGCUUACAAGCCUAACUUUUCUUGCAGUAUUGAAUCUCUCUUACAACCGACUUGAGGGAAGCAUACCACAAAGCUACCAAUUUGGUACAUUUUCAAACGAUUCUUACAAAGGGAAUCCAAGAUUAUGUGGGCUGCCUCUGACAAGGAAAUGCAAUGAAAAUGGUCCUGGAAUGCCACCCCCUAAGGAAGAUGGAGAUUCAUGGGUAGAUGGUUUGUCUGAUUGGAAAAUUGUGUUGAUGGGUUAUGGAUGUGGAUUGGUCAUUGGAUUAUGUAUUGGAUAUACAGUGCUGAAUGAGUUGGGGAACAAAUGGUUGGACAGGUUUACACAGAGUCGGAAUAAAAAAUGGAGAAGAUCUUCUAGGUGACUCUAUCAAAAUUCAAGUUUCAAUGUCAUUUGGAGCACAAUCAAAGGGUUUGGCAGGCCAUCCAAAGAUAUAGAAGCUAUUGUUUCAACUAUCAGAAGUUCCUUUUAGCUUAGUUCAAUAACAAGAUUGCAGUCUCGAGUUCCACUCUUCCUCUUCAACAACAGAAAUUGUGUCUGAAUGUUUUUGGCUUGGUGUUACUGUACUUGUGUAUCAGUUCAUUCUCUUCUGCUCGCCUAAGAUGAUUGGCGGUAUGUCUGGUUGUAUUGUGCUUGUCUUCUGUUCUGUCUAUGGGGUGGUGUUUUACUGCUGAGUUAUUGGGUUCCCCUGUUGUUCACCCUAUUGUGUAACUCUGUUUUUAUUAAUAAUUUCUGGCUUAGCAAAAGAAAAAUGUGUCUGAAUUGGGGACUGGUUCCUCUAUGUUGCUUAGUUUAAUUAGUUUACUUUAUUAGGUUGCUCUUUGACGUUUGUAAGGUCUUGAUAGCCUACUGUUUAUUUGUAGCAGGUCUACUGCUUUUUUUGGAUUAAUAAAAAUCAUUUAUCCAAAAAAUUUUCUUAAGGAAAAUCUUAUUAUCUUUUAAGCUCUUCAGUAUUAUUAUAUCUAAGUGGUCAUGUCAGCAAUCACAUAAUAGGUUUUACACAUGAAAGCCCAGUUUGCCACAUUAUUACCCAAGAGGUAUAAAAAGUAAAAUCAGACGAGUUAGGUGAUUCACUACUCAACCCUCUUUACUCUCUUUAACUACUUCCUGCUCUUUUACAUUUUCUUGCUUCUGGUGUAUCUUACUAUCUUAACUUGUGCGUCGGAGCAUGCUUCAAAAUAACAUGUUCCGCACCCCUGGCUUUCUAUUCUGUGACAGGUCACACAUACUCUCCUCUCAACCUCCAGUAGGACUUUCGACUACCAGACCAGGAAUUACAUUAACAACCAAGAAUUACAUUAACGAAAUCAAUGAUUCAACUCAACUAUUUGCAUUGCAAGAAUCUGAUACAAGCCAUGGCAUGUACAAAAAUGACCAUGCCUACUACUUUAACUGCCAAAACUAGAAGUUACAUCUGCUAACACAGAAAAAUCUUUACAGACCAAGCUCAAGCUAAGAUGCUUUAUUCCUGUAUUAGCUACUACAUCACUACAGAGAAAGAAAAAAAAAGAACAAAGCUUCCAGUUCCAGGUAUAAAGCUCGACAAUUCCAAAGGAUACUAUUUCAUUGCCCCUAAUAACUAUAGAUUUGACUAUGGCGAGAGAGAUUUAAAUAUUUCCUUUAUUAUUUUCUUAACUUUAAUCCCGUAUCAUCCUUUGUUUUUCUACUUCUGGACUCCCACACAGACAAAAACAAAUGGCUUUUUGUAAGCUCUAUUGCUAUUGCUAUACGAUUGAUAUCCAUAUAGAAUAGACCUUCACUAAACAAAAACAUGUGGGCAAUACAAAGAAACUUUUAACAACUUGAAAGUUAUGUGAAUGCCAUUCUUAAAUUAUUAU